AUGCUUCAGCAACGGGAUAUAGCCCAGCUGAGAGCUUUUCAUGCUACGCAUUUUGCCACUCAGCCAGUCCCAGACCUGAUGACUUAUCCGCUGAACGCUCCAGGCCAGACUGAGCCCAGCCAUGAUGCUGCUAUCGACGACGACAACCACGACGAGGGCAGCUUGGGUUAUUACGACGAUGGCGUCAAGAGGACAUUGACGGAUAACCAGAUCAAGAUGUUCCGCCACUCCGAGAUUCAGCGGCUGCUAAGUGAGAGAAGAGUGGCUAGAGCGAAGGAAGAAGCGAAAGCAAAGUCGAAGGAAUGUAACAACAGCAGUAGCAAUGGCCGCGAAUCGAGGAAACGGCGAUUCGAAGACGAGCCAGCACCAUCUCAUUCCCAUGUUGAAACUUUGACCUACGACGAAGAGCCAGAAACCGAGAAAGCAUUAGUGACAACUACAAAGAAAUUUCUGUGGCCAGUUCUCGGGCAGGUGUCUAAGUGA